GGGGACGCGGCGGCGGCGGUAGCAGUGCUGGUGGUGCCGUCGUCGGAGGUGGGCUCGGCGGGGUCCAAUGGCCUCCGCCAGUAUCGACAUCGAGGACGCGACUCAGCACUUGCGGGACAUCCUGAAGCUGGACCGGCCGGGGGGUUCAGUGAACGAAAACCAGAGAUCAUCCAGUUCGUACAACGGAGACCUGAAUGGCUUGCUGGUGCCAGAUCCCAUAGCAGCUGGGGAUGGUGUUCCCUUGGCCAAACCAGUCCCACAGACAGUCCCCCUCGGAGUGUUGCAAGAGAAGCAAGUCAUCUGCCUCUCUGGAGAUGACAGCUCUACCUGUAUGGUGAUAACCGCUAAAGAUGUUGAAAUAGUAGCCAGCAGUGACUCCAGCAUUACCAGUAAAGCUAGAGGAAGCAACAAGGUGAAAAUCCAGCCUGUGGCCAGAUAUGACUGGGAGCAGAAAUAUUACUACGGUAACCUGAUAGCUGUGUCAAACGCCUACUUGGCAUAUGCCAUUAGAGGUGCCAGCAACGGCUCUGCCAUGGUGCGGGUCCUGAGUGUCAGCACGGCGGAGCGGACCCUACUGAAAGGCUUCACUGGCGGUGUGGCAGACCUGGCUUUUGCUCACCUCAACUCCAACCAACUGGCUUGCCUGGAUGAAGCUGGCAACCUCUUUGUCUGGCGCCUGGCCAUGGAGAGUGGAAAAAUCCAGGAGGAGAUUUUGGUGAACAUCAAGCGACCGGACGGGACGCCCCUGAACAGCUUCCGGAGGAUCAUAUGGUGCCCCUUCAUCCCUGAUGAGAAUGACGACAGCUGCGAGGAAGGCAGCCAGACUUUGGCGCUGUUGCAUGAGGACAGGGCGGAGGUCUGGGAUCUCGAUAUAAUCCGAGCCAACCACAGUUCGUGGCCAGUGGAAGUGACCAAUAUCAAAGAGGGCUUUAUUGUGGUGAAAGGCCACAGCACGUGCCUGAGUGAGGGGGCCCUUUCUCCCGAUGGAACUGUCUUGGCCACAGCAAGCCAUGAUGGCUACGUCAAAUUCUGGCAGAUUUACAUUGAAGGGCAGGAUGAGCCCAGGUGCCUCCAUGAAUGGAAACCUCACGACGGAAGACCUCUCUCCUGUUUGCUGUUUUGCGACAACCAUAAAAAACAAGAUCCAGAAGUUCCCUUUUGGAGGUUUCUCAUCACAGGAGCGGAUCACAACCGAGAGCUAAAAAUGUGGUGCACCGUGUCGUGGACCUGUCUGCAGACUGUCCGGUUUUCUCCAGAUAUAUUCAGCCCCAUGAGCGUCCUUCCUAGCCUGAAGGCCUGCCUGGAUCUCUCCGCUGAGUACCUGAUUUUGAGCGACGUGCAGAGAAAGGUCUUGUACGUGAUGGAACUCGUGCAGAACCAAGAGGAAGGCAAAGCGUAUUUCAGCUCCAUCUCGGAGUUCCUGCUGACCCAUCCUGUCUUGAGCUUCGGCAUCCAGGUGGUCAGCCGCUGCCGGCUGAGGCACACGGAGGUCCUGCCAGCGGAGGAGGAGAGCGACGGCCUGACUGCGGAAGGCACUCAGGGUACCGGGGCUGUGGAAUCGGCUCCAGGGGUUCUGAUCAAACUCUUCUGUGUCCACACCAAGGCCCUUCAGGAUGUACAGAUCAGAUUCCAGCCUCUCCAUAGCCCGGACACGGCGGCUUCAAUCCCUCCCCAUGGCUCCCAUGAAGAUUUUGCAUUCCCAGAUCACUUGGCCGACUUGGGCACAGAAGGGCUGGCAUCCGAGAAGGGGUCCGUGCACGGCUCGCAGCCUGACCUACGCCGCAUUUCUGAACUGUCCGUGCCCGUGGACUUCCUCUCCCCGUCUAACGACACGAAACCGAAGCUCAUGACCCCGGAUGCGUUCAUGACUCCCAGUACAUCUCUGCAACAGAUCACAGUGUCACCUGGGAGCAGCAUUAGUUCCCUCACAGCUCUCACCACCAUGAGCAGUUCUUCGGUCAGCGAGCCCCUCAUUCCCAGGCCAGCCGAAGAAGUGUCUCUGAGCCCAAAGAUGCAGCUGGAUGCCAGUCUCUCGCUGAGUGGCAGCACUGGGAGCCUGCAGACGAGCCCUCGAAGUCAUUCUGUCCUCCUCCCUGGCCUUUCGGACAAACUGACCCCGAAGGCCCCCGUCCCGGUUUCCCCAGGGAACCCUCCGCUUGUGCUCGACCGGCCAGAAGUGGAACCUCUGGUGGUGCCCCAGUCGUCUCCCACCCGGGAGCGUUCCCCUGACGUCAUUUCCUCGGCCUCCACCGCCAUGUCCCAGGACAUCCCAGAGAUUGCCUCGGAGACCCUGCAGCGCGGCUUCGGGGUGGUCUCCUCGGGGCUCCCCGCGGAAGUGCUGGACUCCAGCCCCCACGCGGACAGCAUGGCCUCGGCGGCCUCGGCCUUGCACCUGCUGUCCCCGCGGAACCGCCACGGCUCGGAGCACAGCCACCACUCCCUGGACAUGGCUCCCAACGAGGUGGACAUGCUGACGGCGCCCUCGCUGCUGGAGACAGCCCUGCCGCAGGACAAUGCCGCUUCCGACACCGGCGUGGGCCAGCCGUGGCCGGCCGCCCCUGACAUCACCCGUGAGACCAGGAACAGCAUGGCAGACAGCCCCAGGAAUGAUGUUGAAGAGAAACACAAGAGCUCUUAUCACAGGCAUAGCUAUCACCUGCUGCAGCAUGACAGUCAGGAUGCCAGUGCUGAGCAAAGCGAUCAUGACGAUGAAGUUGCAAGCUUGGCUUCUACGUCGGGCGGAUUUAGUGCCAAAACUGCUUCCCAGCGGCUGCCUGUCAAGGACUGGAAAGCCAAGGGGUCCCCACGAGGCUCCCCAAAGCUCAAGCGGAAGGGGAAGAAAGACGACGGUUCCAGGGACGUGACUCAAUCACCAAGAUCCUUUGAUCAGCAGGUUGCGCCGGAGUACCAGGACGAGCUGAUGUCUCUGCUGAGGACCCAGCAGAGGGAGAUCGCAGAACUGAGACAGAACCAGAUGGAUCUCAUGCAGAGGCUCACCGACCACCUGGAUGCUGUGCAGAGCUCCCUUAUGGGACACAUAGAGCGAGUGAUGGAUUCCCAGCAAGAGCAGGAGCAGCGGAGGCUGGACCAGGCCCUAGCUGAGGGACAGCAGCGCAGUGGGCAACUGCAGGAGCACCUGUCCCAACAGCUGUCCCAGUCCCUCUCCACGGCUGCCUGCAAUCGACUGGAGCGGACCAUCCGCGAGGAGAUGAAAAAGACGGUGCCCCCGUGCAUUUCCAAGACCCUGGAUCCCGUGACUGGGCAGCUGAGUAACACCAUUGCAACCAAGCUGACGUCCAUCGAGGGGACGCUGAAGGAGAAUGUCACCAAGCUGGUGAAAUCGAAGAACCUUACAGAUGCCAUUGCCCGGGCAGCCACCGAUGCCUUGCAAGGCCCCAUGCAGUCGUCUUACAGGGAGGCGUUCCAGAGCGUGGUGCUGCCCGCUUUUGAGAAGAGCUGCCAGUCCAUGUUCCAGCAGAUCAACGACACCUUCAAGCAAGGCACGCAAGAAUAUAUUCAGCAGCUGGAGACCCACCUGAAGAAUAAGAAGGCGCGAGAGCAGGACGCCCGCGACUCUCUGCUGGGCCAGCUCCGGCAGCUGGUCAACAACUUCCAGAGCUCAACCGACCAAAUGGCGUCCACCAUUGCGUCCAGCGUGCACUCCGAGGUCCAGCAUCAGCUUCACAUCAUCGUGGGCAACAUGCAAGAGUCCAUCCUGGCCCAGGUGCAGCGAGUGAUCAAGGGGGAGGUGAGCAUGGCCAUGAAGGAGCAGCAGGCCGCCGUCACCUCGAGCAUCAUGCAGGCGAUGCGCUCCGCCGCAGGCACGCCCAUCCCUGCCACUCACCUAGACUUCCAGUCCCAGCAGGCUCACGUGCUGCAGCUGCUGCAGCAGGGACACCUGAAUCAAGCCUUCCAGCAGGCCCUCACGGCAGCCGAUUUGAACUUGGUCCUCUACGUCUGUGAGACCGUGGACCCUCAGCAAGUGUUCGGGCAGCACCCCUGCCCGCUCUCCCAGCCCGUCCUCCUGUCUCUCAUUCAGCAGCUCUCCUCGGAUUUGGGAGCCCGGACAGAACUCAAACUGAAUUACCUGGAGGAGGCAGUGAUGCACCUAGACCACAGCGACCCCAUCACCCGGGACCACAUGGGCUCGGUUAUGAACCAGGUGCGGCAGAAGCUCUUCCAGUUCCUGCAGACGGAACCUCACAACAGCCUGAGCAAGCCUGCGAGGCGCCUCAUGAUCAUGCUUCAAGGCCUGGUCACUCCCAGCAUGACCUAAGGAGGCGCCCGGGCUCUCGCCCAAAGGUGCCCGUCAUCACUCACCAGACGGGGCUGCUUCCCCUUUUUCUAAAGCUCUUGCAGGGGGGGAGGGGGGAGAGAAAAUGCAUCUACACGACACGCGCGUGGAAUGGAUAGACGGGGGCCGUCCAAGCCCAGCUGCGUUAGCCCCAUAUAAUCUGAAAUACACUUAUUUUCUCUGCAAGCAGAACCCCUCCCCGCCUCCCUGCCCAGCGCCUGCCUCACUUUGUAGGAGCUGUUCCGCAGAGACACUAAUCCCAUCCUCGGCCCGUUUUAUAGCUUGGAGCCAGCCUCCCCUCCCCAAGAAUUUGGGGGCUGGGGAGGGGGUGCUCUGGAAAGCUGCCCUGCCCUGUCAUGGGGAAGGGUGUCGCCAUGGCCAGCUAAAAUUAAAACAGUCAGAGGUACCUGUCAAAAGGUGCAGGCAGGUUGUAGGAUCAAUCACAGCAGCCUUCAUGAGGUAUUGCCUCCACCUGCCCCGUUUGCGGAUGGGGGACGCCGAGUUCAUGAAGCCCACCCAUCGUGGGAUGCAGAUCAUGGGUCCUUCGUGUGGUGGAGCAUGUUCGUGGAUCAGAGGAUUCCCUUAAAGGUUGUUUCGUUUUGUUUUGCUUUUACACCACUUUCCCACCCACCUUUCCUUUUUACCUAGGAUCUUAAUCUUUCGUUUUUGAAUAAUGUUUAAAAAAGUUCAAUAAAUGACUUUUUGGAGGAAAAAAAAAUAAGAA